AUGCCGAUAUUAUUCAGCUGCUUAACCAUAUCCUUGGGUUACCGAUGGGUCUAUAUGUUGUAUAUGAUGCCUGGAGCACCGUACAUCUUGAUCCAGUUGUUGGUGGCUAUGUUCUUGGUUGGUCUUGGUUCAGUAUCCGGGUAUUUCAGCUGCUUAAAAGCCAUUGUACUUGAGUUUCCCAACUUUCGCAGCUCAGCUCAAAGCGUCACCAUCGCGUCAUUUGCUAUCUCUAGUUUGCUCUACCUGACAAUAUCUUCCAAGUUAUUCAAGGGAGACACCGGUCAGUUUCUUUACUUUUUGCAUGUGUCCUGUGGACUCAUGUUGUUCGUUGGAUUUUUAUUUAUAAGAGUGGAAGGUCAUCAUGAUAAGAUCCCGCUGGAGGAAACAGAACCCCUCUUAACUGCUGAGGAAACUCCCACAUCAAUAACCCUCCGACCUUCGGUAACCCGGUUAAAGGCUCUAGGAAUAAAGGAGACCCUUGAAAGUCCAAUCUUUUGGUAUCAUUAUGCAAUGUUCGCUAUAAUGCAGGGCCUUGGACAAAUGUAUAUCUACUCUGUCGGAUAUGUGUUGAAAGCUGUCCAUUAUGCUUACAGCAAGGAUGAAGACGCUACUAGCGUUCCUUCUUUGCAGAAUCUUCAAGUUUUGCAUGUAUCAUUGAUUGCAAUCUUUUCUUUCGUGGGACGUCUUCUGUCGGGCCCUCAGUCUGACUACUUGGUGCGAGUAUUGAGGUCUCAACGUCACUGGAUUGUAAUUCUUGGUACAUCACUAAUGCUUGCUGGACACUUGUUAAACACAAUGCCGUUGCUACAAAUCACACACAACCUUCACAAGGCCAAUAUUAUACUACUGGCUGUUUCUUGUCUUAUUGGCUAUGCCUAUGGCUUUUCGUUUGCAAGCUUCCCUGCCAUCGUAGCAGACUUGUUUAACAUGAAAAACUACAGUUUCAUUUGGGGAGUCAUGUAUACCAGUACUACGUUUGGUCUUACUCUGAUGACGAAGCUUUUCGGAGCUGUUUAUGAUUGGCAAAGUAAUGAUUGGGAUGCAGAUUUAGGCAAAUAUGUCUGUGCUAAAGGUUCUGGAUGUUACCGAUUGACGUUUGAAAUCACGUCAGGGUUAUGUGUUUUGGUUAUUGUGUUGAUGCUUGGGUAUAUACGGUACUCUAGAGCGAUAUAG